UGUGGGGAGCCAUUACCCUCGUCCGCGCUAAGCAUCGUGCCAUAUUCCCAUUCGCGCCCUAAUACUAACAACAUUCUCGUAGUUUUAAGUGAAAUAUUAUGAGAGUGAAGACCGAAAUGGACGACGACGAAAAGGGAAAGCUGUUUGUUGGCGGUUUGUCCUGGGAGACAACACAAGAAAAUCUUCAGCGUUACUUUGGCCGUUAUGGCGAAGUAAUUGACUGUGUUGUUAUGAAAAACAGUGAGUCUGGUCGCAGUCGCGGGUUUGGAUUUGUAACAUUUAGUGAUCCAGCUAAUGUCCCUUUGGUUCUUCAGAAUGGACCCCAUCAACUCGAUGGACGCACGAUCGAUCCUAAACCCUGUAAUCCACGUACUCAACAAAAGCCAAAGCGUAGCGGAGGCUUUCCAAAAGUUUUCCUCGGUGGCUUACCAAGCAACGUGACAGAGACAGAUUUGAGGUCUUUCUUUACUCGUUUUGGCAAGGUUAUGGAAGUUGUCAUAAUGUAUGAUCAAGAAAAGAAGAAAUCAAGGGGAUUUGGCUUUCUCAGCUUCGAGGAUGAAGAUGCGGUGGACCGGUGCGUAGCGGAGCAUUUCGUCAACCUGAACGGAAAACAGGUUGAGAUCAAGCGUGCAGAGCCACGGGAUUCUUCUAGUAAAAUGAACGAUAGUCAUCAGGGACAGUGGGGUCCACCGCAACCGGGUGGACCUCCAAUGGGUAUGGCUGGGAAUAUGGGGCCAAUGGGUGGCCCGAAUGGACAAAUGGGUGGACCUAUGAUGGGUGGCCCGAUGGGCCCACCAGGGAACAUGAUGCAGCAGUAUCAGGGGUGGGGUACUAGUCCUCAAACUGGUGGAUACGCUGGGUACACUACUCAGUAUAAUUCUCAGGGUUGGGGUGCACCUCCUGGUCCGCCACAACAGCAACAAAUUCCACCACCACCACAUCAUCAGUGGAGUAGCAGUUACAACGUCCAACCUGCAGCAGCUACUCAAGGUUAUGGAAGUUAUGGUGGGCCGGCGGCGGCCGCUUCAGGGGGCUACGGGCCCACGGCGGGUACUGGCGGGGCUGCGGGGGGCGGGCCCGGGGGUUCCUGGAACUCCUGGAACAUGCCACAGAAUGGGCCUCCUCCUGGGACCCAGCCACCACCUCAGCCCCCUCAGCCCAACUCCUCGCAGCCCAACUCCAACUCGAACCCCUCUGGCCCGCAGGGUGAUAUGUAUUCACGACAGACCACCGGCUCAGGUGCACCUGGAUCCAGUAGCAGUUCAGCUAAGACUCCGGAUUAUACUGGGUACUCCGCAUAUGGUAAUUACGCUGACACCAGUUAUCCUCAGCGUUCAUAUCAGGGAGGAGAAAGCAACCAAGAGAGAAGAGACGGCAGCAUCUGCCCAAGUUUGUAAAACGGAAGCGUCAAGGAAAAGAGGGUGUUAGGUUGCUCGAAACAUUGAUUUCAUUGAUCGCUCGCGAGAACGGCCCAUGAUCUUGUCGGGUUUCAAAAUAAACUGGAAAACAGCAAAAGGAAACGGAACUAUCAUGCUUAUUCAAGAGAGAGAGAGAGAGAGCGCGCGCGCGAGAGAGAGAGUGUGAGAUAAAAAAAAAAAAGAAAAAAAAAAUAACUCAUAAAACGAAGACAGAUCAAGAGUUUACGAUAACAAAAAAAAAAAAAAAAAAAAAAUAACACACCCAUGGUGCAAGCGAAUUUUGUGUAUGGCACUGGGAUAGAGGGUAGGAAGCGGAACAUAGAAGUAUUAUAAGAAUAAACUAGAUCGAGUUGGGAUUAAGUGACGUAAAAACAGUAAAAUGCGAGUGUAAAGAACAAGGAAUGCUGAAUCAUUAAUUAUUUAACAGCAUUUACGCGGGGGUGAAUGAGAUCUCGUUCGAGAAAUUACUUCUCAGUGAAUGGCACAAAUUUCGAUGCUCGUUCACCUCCUUUAUUACAUACAUUUAGUAAAUCACUCUUCGGUAAUUUGAAAAUAAGAAUAAUAAAUAAAAGAAGUCUAAUAUUAUUAACGGUCUCCAAGUGGAAAGUCAGCGAUUGACUUGCACAUUUGAGACACCCGUCCCUCCACGAUCUCGUAUUUAUUAAAUAGUUGUUAUGCUGAAUAACCGAAGGAUUUAAAAAAAAAAAGAUGAAAAACGUAACGAGUAAUUAAUGAAAUAAUUAAGUAAGGUGUUAACACAGGCUGACUUAUACCUAAACUACAGAGAUAGUGUAAAGUAAAAAUAGAUCAUUUUAAUAUGAUGUAUGUAUAAUCUAUAACUCUUUGACAGCAGGGUGCAGUUUCCUUAAGCAUCUUUCUUUAUUUACUUUUUCACGUCAUAUCAUUAUAGUAGUUGUCUUAGACAUAUUGUCUAUUUCUUUUUCUUCUACUGUCUUUCGCUUUUUGACUUUCUCUAUAUUAAGUUUCGUCUGGUCCUUUUCCGUUUCCGACCGAGCCGCGGAAGUUUAUUGCGUUUGGAAGGAAGAGGACGAGAACAGAAACGCAAACGAUGAUGAUGAUUUUUAAAGUAAAGAAAAAGAACGUAAAAGAAUUGUAUCAUAAGAACUUCUUAACCGUCAGACGGGUUUCUGUACGGCUAUAUUGCAUCAAAUAUGUGGAAACUAGUUUAUUUUUUACCUCGGAUUUAUAAUAGUUAAUUAUUAGGCACGUUUAAGGCUACAAUUAUUGUUACUAUUAUUAUUACUUCUAUAAUAAUUAUUACUAUUAUACUACUAUUACCAUUAUAAAACUAUUUACAGCUAUUUAUCACUAUUUACUGUUGCGACUGCUCCUACUGCAACCACUACGAUUGCACUACUAUUACACACUAUUAUUACUGUCUAUGAUAAUUACAAAUAUUGUACGAUGAUGCUUAUAAGUGUUUUUAAAUUUUAGAUGAUUAGAGAUGAGAUCACGGUAUCUAAGGAUGGAGGGAGGGGUAUUUGUGUAAACUUGUGUGCGGUUUUUCUCGGCGGGGGGCGUCGAUCUGAAAAGUCUACCUGAUUAAAUAUAUGACUUAAUUGUAUUUACUCUGUAGGAUUUACCAUAGUUCUAAACAAGAAAUAUUUCGGAAGAAUGUUCUCAAAUAUGCUCAUGUUUAUUACUGAGCGGGUCGCGUUGUGUCUUACUUUUGUCAAUAAGAAAUCGCAAGUAUUACGCUCUAAUGUAAUUUUUAAAUUUUUUACAAUGUCACAAGGUAAUUAGUAGGUUACAAUAAUGGAUCCAGCAAUUUGAGUAAGCUUCCUCGUUAUGAUCUCAAUACGAUUAGUGUGUCUCUUCAUAGCGACUAUUCUUUUUCUUGUCAAAUUGCAGUGCCCUUUCGUAACGUAAACGCAUUUUAACUCGCGACAAAAAAAAAUAUAUAUACAUAUAUAUAUAUAUACAUAACAUAUAUAUGAUAUUCAUACUUGUUCUUUCUUUCAUUUGUCUUUUAUUUUCGUCUCCAUCGCAUUAAAAUAUACGGAGUAAAUAGAAGCGAUCGAGAUUUUUCGCUAUCGAUCGACUUUUCCCAAUCGAUUAUACACUGUACUUAUUCUGUAUAUACAACCAUUUGAACGUUCGAUACCAUUUCGCGUCUCAAUUCGAUAUAUUUCCUUGUUGAAGUUCUUGUUAACAGUAUCAUGUAGUGCUGUAGAACAGGGAUACGUAAAAGUCACUGGGAUGAAGAGAAAGCAUAACAAACGCGACUCGUGGAAACUUCUGGGAUCAACGCAAUAACACGUUUACUUGACUAAACUAAAGACAAGAAAAGACGAGUGGGGAGCUCAAUCAAACAUAAACAAUUUGUACACUAAUUGUUAUGGUAAUUACACGGAUACACGUAACAUAUACGUACUCUCACAGAUACACAUUCAAACACGUACACAGUUCUACGCGCAUUGAAAGAAGCGAAGAUGGAAAAAAAAUUUAUUUAAACAGGUCACAAGUUAUAUCGAACAUCCGAACAAUAGUGAAUCGAUAAGACGCUAAAUAGAUAAACGUGGACAAAAAUAAACAGUGACUUUGUGGUUGUUCUAAAUAAUACGUUGUUUAAUAUCUACUUGAGAGGCGCGAGAGAGUGGGAGAGCGAGGGAGAGAGAGAAAGGUGAGCGAGAGCGGCAAAUUUAAUAGAUUGAGAAAAAAAAAGAGAAAUAAAAAAAAGUUUUAUCUCUAUGGCUGUUUUUUCAGAACUUAUUUUAUAAAGUAAUAUAAUAAACGAACGUAAACAAGAACCACUAGUAUAUCGAUUAUGAUUAUAAUUAUUACGAAGUAACUAAUUGUAUUCCUUACUACUAUAUUAUCAAUUUUUAAAUAAAGUUAAAGCGUAUGAUAAAUUGAAAGGUUUUUAAGUGUAUGCAAAGGAGAGUUAGGGAGAAAGUGAUUAUUAAUACAUUUGUUUUAUAGACGCGUUAACGAUAAUUAAUGUGUUUGUUGGAAUCGGUAAACGAGGUAAAUUAAUUUGUAUUAUAAUUAACGAGUCUCAGAGUGAUUUUUAAAUUAACUCUAGCGUGGAACGAAGUAAAAAAGGUAAUGGGGGAGAAAAAAAAGAUGAUACAAAGUUUAAACAAAACGGCUGCCUUGCCGCACUGUGUAUAUACGUAUAUUUUAGGGUACGGUCGGAAGUUAAUAGUAUCAAGAUAACGAGCGAAAGUGGUAGCAAUGGAUUUGAAAAAAACACACUCACACACACACUGACACAAAAUGAUGACAGGAAAGCGGGAACUAGCGGGACUAUUUGAAAUAAUUGACGAUUAAAUAAUUAUAACAGAUAAUAUAUUUAUAUUUAACGCAAUAAUAUUAGUAUUUUUCAAUACAGAGAUAAUGCAUCUAAUUAACGUAAAUACGUAGCAAAUAGGGAAAGAUACUUUGAUUCUAACCGUUGUUACUACCUGUCGUGUUCGCGAAACUCGCGAACUACGGCUUGCUCUCAGGGUUGUUACUGUCUUUUUUCCUCCUUUCUACUUUUUCUUUUGUCUUCUUUUCUUUUUUUCGUUUUGUAAGUUCUCCCUGGCUAGGCUCGUUCUUACAAUUUUCGAGUGUCAUUUUGUAUUUGUGCUCAUUUAGGCCGUUUUUUUUUUCUUGUAUUUUUUUUUUGUUUUCUUUUUCGGACGAGAGAAGACUCUGUCAAUAUUGGGCGAUUUCGUGUGUUAGAAAGUCAUGGAUCUUACCGCUUAAUAUUUAUUGCCGACUUGUAGGACUGAGACCACUUUAAUUGUACAUUAAGAUUUAAGUAUAGAAAACUCCAGACAGCUGUUAGAUUAUUUCCUUUUUGUUUGUUAUUGUCGUAAGGCACUGCAACGGGGAGAGUACAAAAUUAUUCGUCUUUAUUAACAGAAAUAUAGAAUUAACUUUUUACACUUUUACAUGUUUUUAGUAUUCUCAUCUUUCUACGCAGUCGUAGGAUUAAAUUCAUUCUUCGAACCGUUACAAUUUUACCGUUUUUCCCAUUUCUUCAUGCAUUUCGUAACUUAAUCUUCUCUUAAUCAUUGUUUGUUUUCGUCUUUCUUUCUUUUUCUUUUUCUUUUUUUUUUUUUUUUUGUACACUGAAAGAAUUCCUUGAAGAUGUAAUUUAUAUUUAGGUAUUCACUUUCGUCUUUAAUUUAAUUAGGUAGUGCAAGCAUGUUGAAUCUUUUAAUUUUACGAAUACACAUACGUUAGGUUCGCGAGGUUAAAAAAAAAAAGGUUAAGCGUUCAAUAUUUAAAGCAAAGGAAAAACGAUAAAUAUAUUAUAAUUCCGGGGGCGUUACAUGUCUGUUUUUAACGUUAACGCAUACUUGACGUCCCGCUCACUGAAGACUGGUCAUAUAAUUAAAUAAUUAUACAUAAAUACUUACUACUCAUAUUGUAAUCUAUAACGAGAAACCGUUGUUUAUCGAUGAGUUUAAUCGUAUCUUUAAUCGAUAUUAAUGUAAUUAGUUGAUACCACAACGACGUAUUGGUCAUUGCAUUUUUUACACGCUUAUUAUUACAAUUCAAUUGAUCCUUGAACGUUCGCAUUUUUCCUCUUGUUUGUUGACGUGGUGGGGCGAGAACAGCAUCGAAGCACGAUAAAUAUAAUAACACGUUUGCCGCGAGUGUCGACGCGUGGGCAUUUUUCCAAGGUGUAUGGAAUAACGUUCGGGAAAGAUGAUCGUCAGUCGAAAUAGUUUUUGUAACGUUUAAAAUGUCAAUCGUUCGCUCGAUUUAAGCACAAAUUCUCAUCCGGUGAUUAAGUACGUAUACCACUGCCUGAGCCAAUUUUUUCGUCCGGUCAUCGGUUUUCUUGUGUUCGAUUUAACGGCCCCCACCCAAAAAAAAAAAGAAAGAAAAAAUUUUUCGAACUUCUCGAGCUGUUGCCAAGUAUCUUUACCGUCGUCAGACAUAAGAACUUAACGCUUGUUUAAUCGCAAUAAAAGAAAGUCCAACAAUGAGAAGGAGAGGGAAAUCGAGGUAGUGAAUGUCAUCGGUAAAUAGUAUUUGGUUAGCGCGAUUAGAAUUUCGGUAACAAAUCGCACGAAGGCACACGGCGCGAAUCACAACGGAAAUAAGGUAGGCGCGAUUUCAGACGAGAGAAAACCGACAAACGGAUUUAAUGAUAAGAUAGGGGAAAAUGUGUGUCACAUAUGUAUAUGCCAUGUACGGACGUACACACCGGAGACACACGCGUACACAGGUACACACACCGAGAAUAUUCUAAAUUACGUUUACAUAGAAGCAGUUAAGGAAUUAAAUUCUAAUUACAAAGGACAAAGUAAUCGUGUUGUCUUAAUGAAAGAAGAAAAACAUAAUAGAAACAUUAUUAUAGUAGCGAAAGGAAUCGUACAGGUUUAAAGAAACACACAUACAUGCACACACGAACACAUACAAAGCGAGGUUUCAUAUAAGAGAGAAAAUUCUAAAUGUACAUUUAUGUUAAGUGUCCUGCUAUAAGUGUGAGAGAUUAAAAAAAAAAAAAGAGAACUUAUAUCGACGUGUGGAGGGUUUAUUAUAACCGAACCGUAUUAACGACACACGCUGUGUGCGCAAAAGAAAAUGUACACGUGUACACACACCCAUUGACACAUGUUUGACACGCCACUUUACAUCACAUUAAAUGCUUUUCACGUUCAGAGACUUAAGCGAUGAGACGGGGCGGAAUACAAUGGAGAGAGAAAUUAGAGGUUCUUGACGAAAUCGUGAGUGCAUUAACGGAUUGGAAGAACGAUCGAAUAUGGAACGGACGAAUGUAAUAAAAGACUUUUACUUCGUGAAAUGCUACUCGAGAGCCGCCAAAAAAAGAGAACGAGAUAUACAAAAAGGAAACAAUAACGAUUUAUUCGAAGACGCGUUGACGUUUCGCGAUCGACGAUCACGAGAGGAUUUUUUUUUUAAUUAAUUUAGUUGGGACACGUUAUUAAAUUACUGUAGCGUACAACAAACGUAAACUACAGUGCCCACGGAUAUAAUCAAAUGAAAUAUAAAUAUUUAUAUCUUGCUUUUCGAAUAAAUAUUGGAUUUAUGGAAUAUUUCAUGGCGAGCGAAUUAAAGUUUUAACAGUUUAAAUACGUUGGUCUGGGUUAGUAAAAUGGUGGCCGUCGGGCGCGAAACGUUAGUAGCAAGUCGCCCGCGUCUUCAUUUCGCUCGAGAGAACGACCGAGAAAAAUGACGAGAAGAGAGAAAGAGGGAGAGAGUGUGUGAGAGAAAGAGGGAGAGAGAGAGAGAAAAGAAACGUAAAACGAUUUUUUGCACUUUAGUGAAUGGAAUUCCUACAGUUUGGAAUGCUUUGUCUCGCAUCGAAACGAGUCGAGAAUUCGAUCGAUCUACUUUUUAUCAUAUUUUAGUGUGAAGUAUAAGGUAAAUAAACGUAAUGGGGGAAAAAAAUAGUCGACGAUUGUAACGAUAAUAAAUGAAAUUGUUAACUGUAAUAACAUGACCUGUAUACUUGUAACGUUUAGCAUUAUAUUGGUAAGAUCGUGCCCCCCUACGAGCCGAACGAUUAGAAUAUUAUAGUGGAACGAUAGUUAACGCGGAACAAGAGUUAAAUACUAAAAAAAAAUGAAAGAAACAAAGAACGAAAUGAAAAAAAGACGAUACACAAUAUGCGUUUGUGAGGUUCGAUCGCAUCGGCCCGCAACGUGUUUCGGCCGAGAUCACGAGAGAGAUCGGUCCGGGGCCGAUGCGUCGUCGAAGCUGCGAAAACGUAUUCCUGUUCGUUGUGUUUUACCUCAGAAAUAAGGGAUACAUUUAAGGAUCUUUACGCUCGCACGCUUUCUGUCCGUCUUAUUCCCAGUGCCCGCAGACUAUAUGAAAAGAUAACUCUCUGUACCGAGAGGGGUGUCCGACUUUCCGACGAUAACUUAACGAGCCCACGAAGCCGAAACUCGACGAGCCCGAAAAGAACUCCGCACACGAAAGACCAGAAAUGGAAAUGGAAAGAGAAAGAGGAGAGGGAGAUACGUUGAUCGAGAGGGGAAAAAAAACAAUUUUCCAAGAAAAUUUCGCUAGUUCGAACCGGACAAAAAAGUCGAACACCCCGCUGUCAGCACAGUAGCAGUAUAAAAACGUGUGUGUCAGCUUAAAGCGCAUUGUCUCUGAUCUUAAGGUACUCCUUAAGGAACAGUCGAGAUAAAGAUGUUAAGUCAAGAAUAAUGGAAAACUGAGAGAGAGAGAGAGAUAGAGGGAGGAGAGAUACAGCGAGAAAGAAGCUGAGAAAUAAAAUACAGGAUAGGAUAAAAGCGAGACGGAGAAAAGGGAAACGAUUAAUAAAGUAGGAGUAAUCACGAGAGAAAUUCAGAGCGAAGUAGAAAUAUUUACAGAGAGAUAACGAAAGUGAGGAAGAGAGAGAGAGAGAGAGAGAGCGCGAGAGAGCGAGAGAGCGAGAGAGAGAGAGAGUGUUGUCGCGAUGAACAUUAUAAUAUUAUGCGCGUUAACUGAUAGUAACGAUGAUUAUGAUUAUGAUUAUUAUUAAUAUUAUUAUUAUUACUAUUAUUAUUACACUCAGAGAGAGAUGUUGAGAGAGAAACACAUGUUUACAUGCUAUUCUAUCAUGUAUCUGUAUUAUUCAUUGCAACAUAUAUGUAUGUACACGCACUCGUAUGUCUGCUCGUGUAAAUGUAUACCUUUAAAAAGCAGAAGGAGACAAUAUAUCGAUUUAGGGGCGUACGUUAUUAUUAUUUUAUUUUUAAUUUUCUUAUUUUUGUUUAAAGGUACGUACAUUUUGCAUGCACGACCAUUCGUGCACGCGUAUAUGUCGACAUAUGUACGUAUAUGUAUUACCACAUAUGUACACGUCUCUGUACACUCAUACUCACCGUACACACGAUCACAAUUUUUUUUUUUCUUUCGUUUAUUUUCUCUAUCGAGAGGGAUGAGAAAGAGAUGCUUCCACAUGGGGAAGGGGGAUGUAGGAAUUAAAAAAACGCGCGAAACGCUCAGGGAUAGUCGCGUAGAGAGAGAGUAAUAUCGUGGCGGAAACGUUCGUUGUACGACGAAAGAUCGAUAAUAAUAUGGUAGAGAUAUGAAUCGGGGUGCGUAACACGGGUGGGCGAUAUCGUUCCAUCGUAGAUAGACGAUGUUAUUCGGGAGUAAGUGGAAAUAAAAGGGGAAGGGAAACCGAUGGAAAAAUAAGGGCACGAUAGGGAGAGAGUGAAAGUAAAUGAAUGAGAGAGGGUAAUCAAUUAGUCCUAAUAGGAAGAUGGCGAUCCCAUUAUCCGUGAAAAUCGAUCACAUCUUUUUCAUCAGAUACGUUUAUCACGUGAGUGGCACGGUGGUCAUCGGUGGCUAUUAUUUCAAAUAUACAUAGCUUUUGAUUGAUUUGAUGCACACUGUUCCUUGGAGGCCAAACGUAGUUUCACUUUUCCAAACGAUAUAUUUCAGCGUUUCUCAAACUGGGAUCCACGAACUCUCAGCAGAAAAACAGCAUAAGAAAUGUUUUUAAAUAAGAGCAAUAUUUCCUAUUUAAUUUCUGAAAAGUAGCAUCGUCCAUGGCAUCGUUCGAUGAUGGAAGAGAUAAUCUGAACUUUUAAAUAUUAAACAGUAUUAAAUAAAUUCCGAUAAGACUCGUUUAACUCCGCUUUAUAUUUAAUCUCGCGUGUUACUUUAUCACGCAUACAAUGUUCAAAUUAAAAUUAACGAAAGUAUUUAAAUUACAUUAAUGUCUUUUAAAUAUAAAAACACAUUUACAAUAAUUUAAUUCUAUUCUAGGUGUGCAAAAAAUGUGUUUGAUUGAGGGGGCUGGAAGGAUAAUGAAGUUUGAGAAACAUUGAUAUAUUUGAUGUGGCAUACACUGUUUAAUUAAUUGCAAUAUGUCGCGUUUAGAAUUAUUCUGAUCAGUUUGAAGCACUCUUUGAUCUUUAAAAUAAAUGCACGAACGUUUCAUUCAAAAUAUUAUCCUUACAUAUUUAUUGAACGUUGCUAAAAUAUAAUUUGAGACAAACAUAUUAAUUUUAUUCGAAUUUAAUAAAUCUUUAUUUAAGCAAUGGAAGAAUCAGUUGUCUAUAAAACAGUAUCAAAGCUAAAACAGACUGAAAUUUUUAUCUGUUCGUUGUGAUAUGUUUUGUUCUAGAAUUGAAAUUUUAGGAUAUUGUUAUAGAAUAUGUUUGUGAAUGUAUCUGUACGUUAACGAAUGGAAAUGUGUGAUUUGUUAAAUAUCUUGCGCGAAUUGCGGUCAAGUGAAGCACUUGUCAUUCACACCAUAGCACAGCUCAAUUUUAUCAAGAUAUUUAAUAAAUCACUCAUUCUUAUUCAUUACGUACCAUUCACACACUUAUUAUAUAACAAUAUCCUAAAAAAUUCUUUUUUCUACUCAACGUGUUGAUCGAUCCAAAUUUUUAUUCAAGUAAGAGUUUUGCUCAUCGCUUGCAAAGAGUGUUUCAAAUCUUUCGAACGGUAUUUUAUAUAAAUUUGGGCAAAUGCAACAUUAAUACACAAACACGUGAUUGUUACUCGAAUUAUUAUCCACCGUCGCCUAUUUACUUUAUAGUAGAUACCGCCAUUGCUGUUACCAUUUUUCUUAUCACCAUCACGACGGAUAUACGUCGCUUUUUUUCAUUUUCUUUAUCACUUCUCGCUAGAACAUUCGAAUCGUAGUUCUUUUCAUCAUUGAUGGUAAUUACCACCUUUCUCUAUUUGCUGAUCUUGCGUAAGGAAUCACGACCUCGCAACGAGGGUUUCGCGUGAAAUAAACACACAUACGGAGAAAAACACACACGCACGCGCAUGGAUCGUCACAUUUGCAAUCGCGUUUCGCGCGAAAAUCGCGCGAUCGUCGCGUUUGUUCGUAACGUGACUGUUUACUUUCCCCCGACUAAAACCAUGCGAUAAGUUUCGAGGGAUAAGGAUAGACGUAAAUAUCGUGUUAAUGAGUUGUGUUUUCUGGCAGACGGUAGAGAGUAUUUCAAGUCACGAAGUUACUUUGCUCAUGGGUCACGCGAACGAGAGAGACAGCGUCACGAUCAAAACGAAAGGAAAAAAGAAAACCUAAUAAGAUAUCAAACAAACGGAGCAAUUUCUGCUAGCAAUUUCUUUAGUCUACUACUUUUUGGAUACAAUUUACUCAGCAGGCAUCUCUUAGGGUACACUUAGAAUUAAACAAGAAAAAGAAAGAAAAAACAAAAACACGCGAUCGAUUUCGGGAUAAACGACAACACACACGACAGCUGUUUUUUAAAAUCGUUCGUAAGCAUUUCUCGAAUAUACCUCAUUGUAAUUAACGAUUAUUGAUACACCGUGGUUCUCGGCGAGGCCGGCAGCUGCUUCUUUGUUCUUGGAGUUCCUAAAA